AAGAAGCAGCUGUAUACAAACGACUCCUCUCUGACUCUUACUUCACUAUGAGCGGCGCUGAAUCUUUUUUUAUAGGUAUUCACCGGGAUAUGUGCGCUUUCAAGCACGCUUUCGCUCGUUAUUUUACUGUUUCAUGUCGACAAAAAGGAUAAUGGCGUUAUUGCUAUGAUGUAUUCGCUUUGCUUCGCGUCUUGGUGCAUCUCGGUUACAUCCAGGAUAGAGCAUGUGAAGACGGUGCGGCCCAGCCAUUUCCUGCAGUUCUUCUUGCUCUUGCUCGUCCCAAAUGAGGCGUAUUGGGUACAAAGAAUGAGAGCCUACGACGACGCCAUUCUCAGGGCUUCAGCAUAUGUACAUGGAUUUGCUUUGAUCCUCUUGAUCUGUAUCGAGUCGUGUGGCAAGAGACAUUUAUUCGUGUCUGGACCCGACCAGCAGUUGUCUGUGGAGGAGACAUGUGGCUUGUUUGGUCGCAGACUCUUUUGGUACCUCAACACUCUCUUCUUGAAAGCGUACCGGAACACUAUCGUGCUGGACGAUCUGCCAAAGAUUGAUGCACAGCUAGUAUCAGAGGACACGGUGGAACGAUUCAGGGUCCGCUGGUCGCGGCGCAGCAACCAGUCAGGACGCCAGGCUCUAUUGCGUUCCAUAUUUGCAGUUCUGUGGAAAGAAAUGUGCAUAGCAGUUGUUCCCAGGGUACUGGAGCUUGGGAUACUAUUGACUCAGCCUUUCCUCAUAUCGGCAAUGCUAGUCCAGAUCCGCGACCCAGACCGCAAUCCCUCUGUGAAGGAUAGUAUGAUGCUCGGGGCAUUUGCUGCAAAUUUCUUCGUCUCGGCGAUAUUCUCCUCAUGGUACUCGCACAGCAUUACUCGGUUCACAGUCAAGCUUCGCUCCAUCCUCGUCACCGCCAUCUACGACAAGGCACUUCGAGCAAAUAGUCGAGAGGCCGACAUCGGCUCCGCAACCGUGCUUAUGAACGUUGAUCUAGAAAGAGUUCUAGAGGGCAUGAAGUUUAUGCAUGAGAUCUGGGCGGUCCCAAUUGGUAUCGUAGUCUGCUUGUACAUGCUGUUCACGAAUCUGGGCUGGGCCUUUGUGGUACCACUAAUAAUCGUCAUUCUAGCUGCUGGUCUGACGUGGGACAUUGGAGAUAACAUGACUGCACGCAAUCUUAAUUGGGUGACCAGAACGGAGAAACGGAUCACGACUAUGUCUAAAAUUGCCUCGUCUCUCAAGGAGGUUCGCAUACUCGGUUUGACUGAAAUACUUCAUAAGACCAUGACUGCACUAAGAGUCGACGAGCUCCUUGCAUAUCGAUCCACAUCGAGCCUCUGGGCAUUCGUUGUUGGUAGCGGUUUCGCAAUGUUUCCCAUCAUGAUAUUCGGCACAGUGACCGUUGUCUCCGUGACAAGCCUGCGAGGUGGAGUCCCUCUCGAUUACGAUGGGCUCUUCACCUCGCUCUCUAUCCUUAAGUUGAUUGCGUCCCAGAUGCUCCCAAUGCUCCAAGAGCUUAUAACUUUCCAGGGGGCGGCAGCAUCUUUUGAUCGAAUGCAGGCGUAUCUUUUAUCACAAGAGGAAUAUGACAUGGACUACUUUGGAGAGAGCGUAGGGCCAUCUGAAGACUUUCAAAUUGCCCAUCCUGACGGCUUCGAGCUCCAAGAGACCUUUUCGGAGCCUUCACGCAACAAGGCAUUCAAUAUUACCGGUGCUUCCUUUGGAUUCGGCUACGGACCAACAUUGCUGCAUCAUAUAACCCUAACCAUUGAGGAGGGUUCGUUCACUAUGAUCAUUGGCAAAGUUGGGUCUGGGAAGUCAUUAAUGCUGCAGUCGCUCAUAGGUGAGAUGACGAAGCUUGAAGGAGUUUUCGAACGAAGCCACUCCCUUGUCUCUUACUGCGCCCAAUCAGUCUGGCUACGUAAUGUCUCGGUACGAGAUAACAUUCUAGGGGAGAGCGAUUUUGAAGAUAGCUGGUACAACGCUGUGGUUCGCGCGUGCGUCCUGGAACAAGACUUCGCGGAGCUGCCAAAUGGAGAUGCAACAUUGGUCGGAUCCAGUGCCAUGGCUCUUUCGGGAGGGCAGAAGAAUAGGAUUUCACUUGCGCGGGCUGUCUACUCGCGGAGACCCGUUGUCAUUGUCGAUGACAUUCUUUCCGGACUCGACAGCACCACGGAGAAACUGGUAUUCUCGCGCGUAUUUGGCCCCGAAGGUCUACUCAGGGAAAUCAAUUCCACAGUCGUGAUUGCAACGCAUUCUAUCCGUUGGACCGCACAGUCGGAUAAGAUUGUCGUUAUGUCUAAAGGCAGCAUUAUUGCCCAUGGGUCCCAUGAAAGCCUGUUGCAAACUCCUGAAUUAUGGGAGACUUUCUGCUUACCACACGAAGAAGCAGUCUUCGCGGAAGAGCAGAGGCCCGACCAUAGUAGUACCCUGGACUCUGAAAAGAAGGAGGUCGCUGAAAUCGCGACUGUACCUGAAUUAGAGAAAAAAGAUUACAGACGAAAGGGCGAAUCUGGGACGCUCCUUUACUACCUUAAGGGGGUCGGCAAGACGCGUACGGUCAUUUAUUUUAUAUUGAUGACGUCGGCCUACACCUUGAACGCAGUCCAAUUUAUAUGGGUGCAAAAGCUUCUAAAGGAUAGUGUUUCGGUUGUUCUCUUUUGCAGAAGCAUCAGUAUAUUCACCGCCAUCAGCCUGGUGGCUUUCUUCCUUGUCGGACUCUUUCUAACCUACUUCUUCGUUAUCCUUUGCCCUCGCUCGGGCCUGCAGAUGCACGCAAGGCAGCUCUCCGUGUUCAUGAAAGCACAUUUUACCGCAAUUGUUACCAAGGACGUUGGCGACAUUAUAAACCUAUUUUCUCAGGACACCGUCAUCGUAGAUAGACUACUCCCUAUAUUAUCGCUUAACAUAUCAACAGGCUUUGUCGAGCAAACCAAAAACUGCAUUAUUCUGACCGCCGCAACUCCACCUAUUUUGGUCGUUAUACCUUUCUUUGUCGCUAUUGGGUAUGCAGUUCAGCACUUCUAUCUACGUACAUCUCGCCAACUCCGUCAUCUGGACUUGGAAGCCAAGGCGCCCCUGUGCACCAACUUUCUCGAAACUCUCUCUGGAAGUGCCACUAUUCGGGCUUUUGGCUGGUUUGCGGCAUUUGAAAGCCGAAACAGUAAGCUCUUGCUCCAAUCACAAGCGCCAUAUUACCUCCUUCAGGAUACCCAAAACUGGCUAUCACUAGUCCUUGACUUGAUGGUUGCAGGCAUUGUUUCCAUUUUAGUGGGCCUGGCACUUCUUUUCCGUGCCAAGAUAGAUCCUGGUUUUGUUGCACUUGCUCUUGUUGGAGUGAUGGAUCUGGGCUUCGGUAUUCGGAUCUUAGUCCUCGCCUGGACGGAGGUCGAGACAGCAAUGAGCGCGGUCACCCGCAUCAGGCUCUUCUUGGAGAAUACAAGUCAGGAACCGAUCUCGUACUCUGACUUCUCUGAUCCACUCUGGCCAAGCGAAGGCGCUGUUCACUUCCGCAAUGUCUCCUCUUCAUACACCCCUGACAUCAAUGUGCCGGCCACUCUCCGCAGUAUUGACUUAAAGAUUUGCGCCGGCGAAAAAAUAGGUAUCUGCGGUCGCACCGGUAGCGGCAAAUCGUCGCUCAUUGCCACCCUCCUCGGCCUUAUGCACCAAACGACUGGCGAGAUCCUGAUCGAUGGCGUCUCAACGACGACCCUUCCACUAAGCACGCUGAGGACAAGGAUAAUCUCCUUGACACAGGAGCCAUUCUUCUUAGAGAAAAGUGUGCGGGAGAACCUAGUACCUUGGACGCACACAUCUGGCCUUUACGACAAGACAGAAAUUGAGCAACAGAGUCUGGCGCCCUCGGACGACGACAUGAUUUGCGCAUUGCAAAAGUGCGGCAUCUGGGAGAAGCUAGCAGCAGCAGCGCCAGAGGUUGAAUCGGGACUCGCAGUAAGCUUGGCGACGGUGGACAGCUUGCUGAGCGAGGGCGAAAAGCAGCUGUUCUGUUUAGCUCGAGCGAUCUUGCAUCCAGGCAAGCUCGUACUUUUGGACGAAGCCACAAGCCGGUAAGUUCUUGGCGCUUUGCCUUGCCCAUUUCUAAUCCUCGUACCUAAUCUCUUUCUCGGGUUUUAUUUUACACCUGUCUGCUAAAUUGUUCUUGUGCUAACCACGUGUACAAUAAAAUCAGUGUUGAUGCCAAUACCGAC